GAAAGAGAAGGGCUCAUGGGCAUCUCCAUUUUUCAAACUCAACAGUAGUACUAUUAUAGUUUCCCAUUGGAGGCUGAGUUCUUGAGAAAGCUUAGAGAGAGGUAGCUUGAGUGGCAUUUUCUAAGCUUCCUUCCCCUCUUGGAAGUAGCACAUCAAGAUCUCCUAGCUUUUAAUUACUAGUGUAGCACCAUGAUGGCCUCCUCGUCUUCCUCCUCCGACCUAAGCGCGGAUCACCAGCUCUUGCAAGAUGACCUCCCAUGGCCUUCUUCUGCCCUGCCACCGCCGCUUGCUCCAGCUUUAUAUCACGCCGUCGGAGGCAACCACCACCAAUGGAGCCAGCCCCUAAUGCUUGAGCAGUUGAGUUCAGACGAGCUUGAGGCACUCCUGUCAGCACAAGUCCACCAGCAUCAUAGCACUCAUAGCCAGAUGCUUGCUGCUCCAUUGACAACAAACCCUCAUCAUCAGCUGAGCUCACUGCUGAUGAUGCAAGAGCUAGGGCUCCAAUGGAGUACCAGCUGUGGCGCCGCCAAUGGAGACUCCAACGAGUCAGAGCAAGAUGUGGUCAAAGAGGACGCCGAGCUACCAGAGCACCUUAUGCUUCCAAGACCGUCAUCGUCGUCGAGCAUCGCUUACGAUGACGACAUGGCCGUGGACGGCGCCGUCGUGCUCCCGAGCGUCAACGUCUCGCGGCUGCAGAAGCUCCCAUGCCCAGUCGCGGCGGGGCCUUUUGGCGGCCGCACGGAGGCGGCCCUCGAGAUGCUAGCUUCGGCCAAGUUCUGCAAGAGCCUGCUGAGCUGCAGCCAAGCUUCUUCGACGGUGCUGCUCCAUGACGGCGGCGGGACGGCGCCAUUGCUGGGGAUGGGAGAGCAUCAUCAUGUGGCGUAUGUCCCUCCUCCUCCUGUUCAUCGUCUUCAAGGGCCGUCCUCCGUUCUCCACGCCUACAACAAGAUGGGUGUGCCUGCUGCUUUAGUGAGUGGAAACGGAAGUGCGCUGCAAGCAGCAGCGGGGAGAUCAUCGGGAGGGGGAGGCCUGCACGACGAGGGGGGAGGGCAGCAAUUGCAAGUGGUGGUAUCGUCGAAGAAGAAGCCUCGGCUGCUCCACUCGCGGCCCGCCACCAACAACAAUAUCCUCCCUUCUUUCAAGGUAAGGAAAGAGAAGCUAGGGGAUAGGAUUGCUGCUCUUCAACAGCUGGUCUCACCCUUCGGCAAGACUGAUACAGCAUCAGUGCUGAUGGAGGCCAUCGGGUACAUAAAGUUUCUUCAAGACCAGGUCGAGACGUUAAGCGGGCCAUACAUGAGAUCAGCCAAACAUAAGAAAGCCAGGACAACACAACAGCGGGGGCCGUCAAACACCGGAAAUCAGAAGGAGGAAGCAAAGGUUGAUCUUCGCAGUAGAGGGCUGUGCUUGGUGCCUCUCGCAUGCACCUCCUACGUCACCAAUGAGAAUGGCGUCUGGGCCCCACCUAAUUUUAGGGGAAACUAAUCUGUGUUAGCUGCAAUUUAAUAGAUCGAUCAAGCACACGAGUGUACUGAGAAAGAAAACAUUAAUUGAUUAAUUGCAGAUCUUCUGAGAAAAAUCUGUUCUCUCUCUAUCUGUGUGUGUGUGUUACUGACACUGAAACGGGAUGUACAUAUUUCCUUUGCUUUCACCAUUUCGAUCUAAUCUCUAUAUCCUAAA